AUGUCAUUAGAUAGUAAUGAUGCUUGUGUACUAGAGUUAGAAGAUUACAACUUGUACGAAGAAGACGCACCCGAUCACGCUAUCCAAAGAAGUGACAGACACUCAGUAUCUGGUGGAAAAACGAUGGAGGCUGAGAAGAGGAUUAGACGAGAGAUUGCCAACAGCAAUGAACGCAGACGUAUGCAGAGCAUCAAUGCUGGGUUUCAGGCGUUACGAACAUUGUUACCUCGACAUGAAGGGGAGAAACUCAGCAAAGCUGCCAUAUUACAACAAACUGCUGAGUAUAUAUACUCUCUUGAACAAGAAAAGACGAGACUACUGUCACAGAAUUGUCAGUUGAAGCGACUAUUGAAUCAGCAUGAAGGAGGUGAAAUUCCUUUAAAGAAGAGAAAGAGUGAAAUGAUUACUCAUGUCCCUUCAAUUAUUCCUGAUUCUACGGAAGAUACUGUUACUACAAGAUCGUCUGAGUCUGUAGCUGUUAUCACUGUUUCAAGUCUACUACAAAAGAAAGAACCCGAUAAUGGAGAACUCCUGGUCCAGUUGGAGCGAGAAAGACAGCUAAGGCGAUUGCUUGAAGAGCGUUUAAGUGCUUUAGAAAUUCAGGUGUACCCUGAGUCAAGAGAAGUAGCUCAUACUGUUGUUCACUAUGAAGAAACUGAAGCCACCGAAUGUAAAGUUGAAGAAAAAGAGGUAGAAACACAGGUUGUGGAGGCUCCAGCACCUCUACUCGAAGCAGCUAUAAAGGCAGAACCACGUGUAGAAGUAGAGGUCCUUCCAGAUGCAGCUCAUGAUCAACCUUCUAGAUUGUAUCUCGCAAGCACAAGCCGGCAAAAUCUGGAAACCAUUGUGGAAGCUAUUCGUCAUUUAGAGGGUGACCAUUUGUUCCGUGAAGAGGCAGGUGAUACUCCUCUUGCCCUGACGAAAAAAGCAGAAGUGGUUCCACCACAACGACCUGGCGUAAUUGUGGUCAAGCAUUCGUGA